CUAACGCCGGUGUAGCACAGCUGCGAGUUACUGCUAUCCGAAGUUGGCACCGGAACAGGUUAGGUUGGACUAAUUCGUCUGCACCGACAAAUCCAACGUUAUCCUGUUGGGAAUAAACGAGGAGCUGUGAAACCCCGCGUCCUCGAGAAUCUCCGGAUUUUUAACAGAAAAAUGUUUGCGAGCAAAUUGUGUCGGUUUAUCCAUACCAACAAUUCAUUAUGGCAGGGAAAACAGAAGACAGUCUUAUCCGAGCUGAGAAAAAAGACUGGCUACACCUUUGCAAAUUGUAGAAAAGCUCUUCAGCUUCAUGGAAACGACUUACAGAAGGCUGAACAAUGGCUGACAGAGCAAGCGCAACAGAUGGGUUGGAUGAAGGCGACGAAACUAGAAGGCAGGGUGACGGGUCAAGGGCUAGUCGCAGUUUCAGUAAACGAGAAGCACGCAGUCUUGGUUGAGGUCAACUGCGAGACAGAUUUUGUUGCCAGAAACAAGUAUUUUCAAAAUUUGGUAACCACUGUCGCAUCUGCGACAUUGAAUUUUGCCACAAACUCAGGCGCCGGCACUGAUUUGGUGAACAAAGUCAGUUUGGAUUCUGAAAAUCUCAAGGAACUCCAUGCACCCGAUGGAAAGACCCUCGCCGAUCACUCUGCCCUCGUAAUCGGCAGCGUCGGAGAAAACCUUUCGCUUCGAAGAGCUUUGUGCGUCUCCGUCAAUGACGACAUUUUCAUUGCCGGACUCUCUCACCCAGUGCCAGCGUCUAAAUCAGCGACACUGCUCGGCAAAUACGCUGCAAUUGUCGCAUACAGAGCUCCGGCAGAAUCUGAACAGCUGGGAAAACAACUUUGCCAACACAUCAUCGGAAUGAAUCCGGCUAAGAUCGGGGAAAAGAAUGUCGAUGAGCCGAAUCCAGUUUUGGAUGACGAGACAACGAUGAUUUAUCAGGAAUACUUACUUGAUCCAAAUAUUACAGUUGAACAAUUAUUGAUCGACAAUGAAGCUCAGGUUAUUGAUUUUGCGCGGUUUGAAACCGGAGAGGCACUUGCGACAGAAAAACAACCCUUAGAAGCUGUGGAAACGUGUGGUUGAAUAUUUUAUUCGAUAAGAAAUGUUCAAUAAAUUAAAUGAUUAUUCUAUUCA